UACCACUACACACACACGGCUCAGCGUACGCCUUCGGAAAUUUUGACGAUUGUGCAGAUGAAAUAGAACAGUAUAAAUAUUAGAUCAUCAAAAUCCAGGAGUCACUCGCAGUUCUACAGCGAAAGUGUUGAUUUUGUCUUGAUAGUUUUGUGAAACGACAACACAAAUCCGCCAACAUGUGUGACGAUGAGGUUGCUGCAUUAGUCGUUGACAACGGAUCCGGUAUGUGCAAGGCCGGUUUCGCUGGUGAUGACGCCCCACGUGCCGUCUUCCCAUCCAUUGUCGGUCGCCCAAGGCAUCAAGGUGUCAUGGUCGGUAUGGGACAAAAGGACUCAUACGUUGGUGAUGAAGCACAAAGCAAGAGAGGUAUCUUGACCCUCAAGUACCCAAUUGAACACGGUAUCAUCACCAACUGGGAUGAUAUGGAAAAGAUCUGGCAUCACACUUUCUACAAUGAAUUGCGUGUCGCCCCAGAAGAGCACCCAGUACUCUUGACUGAGGCCCCAUUGAACCCAAAGGCUAACAGAGAAAAGAUGACCCAAAUCAUGUUUGAAACCUUCAACGCCCCAGCCAUGUAUGUUGCCAUCCAAGCUGUGCUCUCCUUGUACGCUUCCGGUCGUACCACUGGUAUCGUCUUGGAUUCAGGUGAUGGUGUCUCUCACACUGUACCAAUCUACGAAGGUUAUGCUCUUCCACACGCCAUCCUCCGUUUGGACUUGGCUGGCCGUGACUUGACUGACUACCUCAUGAAGAUCUUGACUGAACGUGGUUACUCAUUCACAACCACCGCUGAACGAGAAAUUGUUCGCGAUAUCAAGGAAAAACUUUGCUAUGUCGCCCUCGACUUCGAGCAAGAAAUGGCCACCGCUGCUGCCUCCACCUCCUUGGAGAAGUCAUAUGAACUUCCUGAUGGUCAAGUCAUCACCAUCGGUAACGAACGUUUCCGCUGCCCAGAAUCCUUGUUCCAACCAUCAUUCUUGGGUAUGGAAUCUUGCGGUAUCCACGAAACCGUCUACAACUCAAUCAUGAAGUGCGAUGUAGAUAUCAGGAAGGACUUGUAUGCUAACAUUGUCAUGUCUGGUGGUACCACCAUGUACCCAGGUAUUGCUGAUCGUAUGCAAAAGGAAAUCACUGCCUUGGCUCCAUCCACCAUCAAGAUCAAGAUCAUUGCUCCACCAGAACGUAAAUACUCCGUCUGGAUCGGUGGAUCCAUCUUGGCUUCCUUGUCUACCUUCCAACAGAUGUGGAUCUCCAAGCAAGAAUACGACGAAUCCGGCCCAGGAAUUGUCCACCGCAAGUGCUUCUAAGCAUUUUAUUAAUUUUAAUAUUUUAAUAUUAAAUAAAUUUAAUAAUACAAUAAUGAAAAUUCAAAGAAUAAUAUACCGAAAA